AUGGCAGAUUUAGGAACACAAAAUGAAUCACUUGCUUUAUAUCGGUAUCUAUGUCAGCAUAUUGUUGGAACGGAAGAAUACGUUAAAACAAUACGAAUGAUGAUAACUGUCAGGGACAAUUUUGCAAAUACUGAGGACUUUAAGACGAUUACCAGUGGAAGUUUUGGAGAAGGACUACACAUGCGAGGUAGUGACCUAGAUGUCAUGAUUGUUUGUAGCUUUUGUGAGAUACCCCAAGACACGAACUUUCUGUUCAAGUCUGAUAACAUUUAUUUUGCAAUGGAAACAGAUGAUAUCCAACCAGGUUUCACUCAGUUGCGUCUACUGUACAGUUAUGAUGGUUAUAUGUAUAAAUUAUGUGAAAAAAGAGGACAGGACUUUUACAUCUCAAGCACUGUAUUUAAACAACAAGUUGUGACAAAUAAGUUCCCGAUUGUUCAUGGACCGUGUGUUUCCGAUAAGAAAGGUCGUUUUGACUUUGCAUUAUGCUGCCAUACUAAAUUAUGGAUAAAACCAGCAAUGCAAUGGAUAACACGAUCAAAUAACGGGUGGCCUGCGACAAAUGUGAAACAGUCUAUAGUUAAACACGGCAUUAUUUGCGUACCAAUAGGUCUUCAAGGGUCUACAAAUAACGAUUUAGCAUGGAGAUUGUCGUUUUCUGUUGGUGAAAAAUUCUUAACUUAUACUUUUACACACACACAAUUACUUUGCUAUGCUCUGAUGAAAAUUAUUUUCAAAGAUUUAUUGGAAUCGGACUUAGACUGUCAUGGGUUACUUUGUUCAUAUUUCAUGAAGACGAUUGUAUUCUGGAUUUCGGAAGAAAUUUCGCCUUCAGUCUGGAGACCGGACAACUUAAUAUCUUGUUUUAUGAGAUGUUUUAGACGACUAAUAUAUUGUGUUCAAAACUCAAUUUGUCCGCAUUACUUCAUUCCUGAGAAUAAUCUAUUUGAAAAUAAGAUAAAAGGACAUGCAAAGGAAAUUCUCUUGAAUAAACUGAAUAUCUUAAAUAGUUAUGAUUGGCAAUGCAUCUUAUUUUCACAUCAGUUUUCGAAAUAUAAUGAAUUAUUAUUUCGAUCGCUAAAAGAACCAAAUUAUGGACGUGUUGACGGAAUACAAAAAUUAUUAUUUACUAUAAUUAAUGUGUCAGAUUGCAAGUAUAGUAAAUUUACUUUAGAACAGGGAAUUCGUAUUGCAUUUUCGUUUGAAAAUUUCAAAAUAAAACAAUUUCAUUUGUACUAUAUUUCUAAAAUGUGUAGCGUUAUUGCGCAAUCAUUUACAAUCAAGAAUAUUUCCAGUAAUAAAUCUACUUACAAGCAACACAAUCUCUGCAUACGUAGCUUGUUACUAAAUUUACAUCAUGAUGCUGUAUCUGGGUGGCUACUGUUAGCAUCGUUUUUCUACAAGACAAGACAGUACAACCUAUCUAUCUACAUUAUCCAGUAUAUUUUAUCAAAAUGUACACUGGAGAAAAUGCAUCCAUUAAUGAAUCUAUCAUACAUGCAUCACGAACUAUUAGAUGAGGUUGUACGAAAGAAAAUAAAAAUUAGUGACAGUGAUGUACUAACUGUAUUUGAGAAGAGACGUUCUUGGUUAGAUUAA